CGAUCGUAACAUGGACUCUCAUUGUCGCAGUGGACGGCCGUCGAAUCGGCCGCGUGUACACUCACGCGCACCUUUUACCGCGAACGUGCAUCAGCUCCUUUAAAAGAUUGCAAAGUGAUAACGAACCAAGUGAAGUAGGUAAAUGCGACUCGAAUCAUGGACAUAUCGAGAAAUAUAAUAAAGCGUCAAACGACGCUGUGUUGAAAACGAAACAAUGUGCAACAAAGAUAAAAUGGUCAGCGGGAAGUUCGGUUUCGCCGCUAAAAAGGACAAAGUGAUCGUGACGGAAGCUAAGACUGAGUUAAGUGUUAAGGAAAAAUGUCGAAAAAUACAGAAGAAACUUAAGAAGACUGAUAAACAGAAGACUGAUGUUAAAGAGAAAGCGAUUUGGUGGAACCAGUGUAGCAGCUUGAGUGAAAUCGAUCAGUACUUAUGGAUGGUCGGAGGCUCGGCGGGCGCACUGGCGCUCACAGGCGUCGCGGCGGCCUCCGCCUUCUAUCUCAGCACGAGACCAAAACCUGAGAAGCCUCUCGUCACACUGCACGAACAGAGCUUGUUAGAAUCGGGUCCUGAAAUGGUGCGGGUCUCAAAAUUCUACAAAGAUGCAAAAAAUGGCAGAUUCCUCCGCUACCUUCACGAUGACACACGCACACUUUUCGAAACAUUUCGACGAGGUGUCAAAGAAUCUAAUAAUGGCAACUGUCUCGGUUGGCGUGAGGGACCAAAUAAGCCGUAUGUAUGGCAAACUUACAAUGAGACCCUGCUGAGAGCGAAAAACUUCGGAUCUGGCCUUAUAUGUCAAGGUCUUAGCCCGGGUCAAAGUACCUUUGUGGGUAUUUACGCACAGAAUUGUCCGGAAUGGAUAAUGACGGAACAAGCUGCCUACUGCUAUUCAAUGGUUAUAGUGCCGUUGUACGAUACUUUAGGAGCCAACGCGUGUGCCUUCAUCAUAAAUCAAACUGAAAUGUCAAUAGUAGUAUGUGAAGAUGAUAAAAAAGCAAAUCUUCUUCUGGACCAAUCACCGAGAUGUCUGAGGAAGCUUGUCACAAUCAAAGAAGUGUCACCAUCGACGCAUCAAAGGGCCAGGAGUCGUGGUGUUGAUAUCGUCAAGUUCAGUGAUGUGGAAAUUCAAGGAGCACAAAAAGAUCAUCCAUUUGUCCCACCGAAACCGGAUAGUCUUUGCACGAUCUGUUAUACGUCGGGCACAACUGGUAUGCCGAAAGGCGUGAUGCUGACACACGAGAACCUGGUGGCGUCCAUGUGCAGCGUGAUCAUGCAACUUGGAGAGCACCGGCCAUCUAAACAUGACGUCAUGAUCUCCUUCCUGCCCCUCGCGCAUAUGCUGGAGCGAUGUUGUGAGAAUGCUCUAUAUAUGGUUGGCGGUGCGGUUGGUUUCUAUAGUGGAGACAUUCGAAGACUCGGCGACGACUUAGGCGCUCUGAAGCCAACUAUGAUGCCUGCUGUACCCAGAUUACUCAACAGACUUUAUGAUAAAGCGCAAAAUGAGAUUUCAAAUUCAAAGAUCAAGAAGCUUCUGUUUAAUAUGGCGCUAUCCGCUAAGGAAUCAGAACUUAAAAGGGGCAUCAUCCGCUCAGAUUCCAUUUGGGACAAGCUGGUGUUCAGAAAGGUGCGCGAAGGCAUGGGCGGAAGACUUCGCAUUAUGGUUGUGGGCUCUGCACCACUCGCUGGCAAUGUUCUUACAUUCGCACGAUGCGCUCUUGGCUGUCUGAUCGUGGAAGGGUACGGGCAGACGGAGUGCACGGCGCCCGUUACGCUGACCGUGCAGGGCGACCACGUGCCCGAGCACGUCGGCCCUCCCGUCGCUUGUUGCAAAGUCAAGCUAGUAGACGUGCCUGAGAUGGAGUACUACGCGGCGCAAGGACAAGGCGAGGUGUGCGUGCAGGGAGCCAACGUCUUCAAGGGUUACUUCAAGGAACCUGAAAAAACAAGGCAGGUGAUCGAUCGCGACGGCUGGCACCAUACCGGUGACAUCGGCAAGUGGCUGCCUAAUGGCACUCUGAAGAUUAUCGAUAGAAGAAAACACAUCUUCAAGCUAUCACAAGGCGAGUACAUUGUACCGGAGAAGAUUGAGAACAUUUACAUAAGAAGUCAGUACGUCGAACAAGUUUUCGUGCACGGUGAAUCAUUGAAGUCGUGCAUCGUAGCAGUGGUUGUACCAGACGUCGACGUGGUGAAGUGCUGGGCUUUGGAGAAUGGUAUUCAGGGAACUUUCUCCGCUCUGUGCGAGAACGAGCGCGUUAAACAGAUGAUACUGGACGAUAUGCUGCAGUGGGGUAGGAACGCGGGACUUAAGACAUUUGAACAGGUCAAAGACAUUUAUUUGCAUCCGGAUCCGUUCUCCGUUCAGAACGGACUCCUCACGCCCACUAUGAAAGCGAAGCGACCGGAGAUCAGAAACUACUUCAAGCCUCAAAUAGAAGACAUGUACAAGCAACUCGAAUAGCGAUCAUUCGAGAAACAAUUCAUUCGACAUUGAAUCGGAAAUCGAUUUCACUGAUUCCUAAAAUGUUUUCUGUUAGAAAUAUAUUAUUAAGUUUUUACUUUAAGUGAUAUUACUUAUUAUGGUUUUAUUACGAAAUAAGGCCGCAUGCACACAGACGUGAAAUAAACAAUAUUUGGAUUUUAUUAGUUAUCGUUUGUUUCUGAGACCAAGAACUCUGUA